AGUUGGACUUUUAUUUUGGAACGCAUUGUAGCGGUGCUUUUAAAUUUGUCCGGAUCAACGCUUCCUGUUACUACAACGGCAACAAAAACAAACGGUGUCACCUGUGUCUGUUAACAGAUGUCUUUAAUGCGGACGAACCGUCCUUACUAUGGAGCGGGUAAAAGACCGGUGCGAAGCAGGAAGGUGUCUGCACCAAAGAAAGAAUGGGUGAGCACAGUCCAUGAUCUUUCAGUGCAUAAAGCAACACCGGAGGAACUGGCUCGACGUCAUGAGAUGCACAGAUCUCAGAACAGGGUCGUGGCGCAGUGGGAAUUAAAAGAAAAGGCUCUAACACGCAGACGGAGGAAAAACCAGCCCCCCAGUCCUCCAGGACUUGAUAGAGCCCGACUCAACAUCAUCAGAGAGUUGUUUUCAGAUCAGUGUCAGUUGCAGGAUGUCAUUGCACGUUCUGACAGAGCUUUGGCUGAGGUGAAAGACCUGUUUGGUGAUGCACCCCGUCGACGCACAGGAUUCCCCACCAUUACUGUGGCACCUGACUGUGAUUCUGACUCGGAGCUUCCUGUCCUUCAAAAACCUGAUCCUCCAACCCAGCUGUCAUUGCUCAGCCAGACUAUGAUGGAUCAGCAGGCCCUGAAUGAGUUGGAGGAGUAUGAAGAGGAACAUGAUGAAGUCCAGGGUGCCCCGGUGCACCUGAGCUCUGUGAUGCACAGAAAAAGAAAUAAAUGUAGGUCAAAGUCCUUUCCAUGGACCUCAGAUCAUCCGGAGCAAGAGCUACCCAAGACACCUUGUAAUACUAGAAUCAGAGAAGAUCGGGCAGCCCUCAACGCCACGGUGGCUGUACAGCGUUUAAAUUCCAGACAGAAUUAUCCUGAUGUAAACCAAUCGUCCUCAGUAGUCAACCAGGUUCUGAACCCAGAGCCUGCUUCCUCUCAGCCAGGUUUUAGAAGUUCAGUUCAAGCCAGUAGGGGGCGCUCCGGACAUACCUCUGGCCUUAACGGCUCAGGGUUAAACUCUACGACAGGAAACCAGUCCAGUCUGGAGCUUCUGCAGGGCAUGCUUGAGCAAGUGGACGCUGAGCUGGACUCUCUAGACCACCAGAAUCCUUCACCAGAUGCUAGACCACAACAACAGAGACCAGGCCUCACCGGCUUCUCUGUGGCUCUAGUGGCAACACUUGGACGUCUAGCCAGUCAUAUUAGAAAAAAAGAAGAGGAGGCUCUGAGGGAGGCACAGGAGAGAAGACGACUAGAGGAGGAGGUGAAGGAGCAGAGAGCUUUGAUCGACGCCCUGACUGUAGAGUCACUGACACUGAGGGAAGAGAGCGCCAACCUGCAGGAAAGGCUGCAGCAGCAGAUAUCGGACCUAGAGCGGCGUCUAGAUGCUGUAGCCCUGGUGGUGGGAAGACCAGAAUCUGCAGAACCACACAAAACAGAGGAAAUCACAGAUAAUGCAGCUCAAAGAAGCAGAAAUCUGGAGUCUGGCUGGACUGAAAAGGAUCAACAGAAACAGGACUUUGUGACUGCAGCCGUGCUGCUCUCUCCUCCUCGUCAGAGAGAUGGUCUGCCUCCCGCAGCAUGUCGUCCACAUUCACACGCACCCCCGCUGCACUACAGUGGCUCCUGUGCAGAAAGGGGAAGUCAGGGUUCACUGGAGGACUUUGACAUCUCCAUCUCUCCUUCCUCCUUCGCUAGCCUACCACGGCCCACUCCUCUGCUGGACGAUCUCUCUCAAGAUGCCAUGUUAGGGGAGAUCGCCGAACUGACACGUCAGAACGCAGCCAUCCGGGCUCAGUUGGGGCAGCACCGUCCGUCUCCAGCUGGAGCUUCAGUGUCGAGGGUGCCGAGCGCAGACCGGCCUUCCACAGCCAGUUCUGUAGUUAGACAAGUGUCGCCCGCUACAGAGCCACCGCACACACAGCAGCCUAUUUCUGUAGAGAGAUCCUCAGCGAUAGAGAUUGAACAAAAACUGCAGGAGCUGAACCGCCAGAGCGCUGAGGCAAGAGCUAGACUACUAGAGCUCAUUGAACAACAGAAACAGAGCGCCUCUCUCAGAGUUUCUCCUGCCAUUUCCCCUGUACCUCCUCACUCCAGCAGCACUCACACAGCAGUUAGAGGGUUAACUCCAGAGCAAUUUUUGACACUUCCUGAGAGAAACCAUUCACCUCAAUCCAGUGCAAGUAGUCGGAGGUCAACUGGAAGAGUCUCACCACAAAGUUUGGAUAGUGUGGAAAUCCCGAGGCUUGACAAUCAAGUGGACAAGCUGAAAAGAGAAGGCUGGUUUGCAUUGUCAGCUCAUGUCAAAUGACUUGAGCUCAAGAAAUAUGGUCUAUAAAUAACAUCAUAUUUCCAUGCACAAUAUUAUUCCAAUACAUUUGACGUCCCUAUUGUGGUCUGAUCAAACAUCCUUACUGCAGCUUACCUGUGUAAUGUCUGCGUAACAAACCAUGAGAAUUAUGUGGGAGGUGUUGGUAUGGCCAGAUUACACUGAUAAACAAUAGAUAACUUCACAGUUUUACUUUCUAUGACAUUUACUUGAAUCUUCAUAUGAAGUAUUUUAAAUGUCAGCGUGCAUGUAGGCAUACUGAUUAACUGAUUAACGUAUCAGUUCUUAGAUUUUUUUAAGAAAUGUAUAAUUCCACAAUAAAGUUUAAUUAAAUGCUUAAUUGCAGGUUUUUUUUAGAUAACUUUUAUUAUAUGCAUUGUUUUCCGAUUUUCAGAAGUGAAAAAGCAAAACAGCCGAAAAUGUAAAACAGUUGGAAUUAACAUUUCAUAACUACAAUAAAUGUUCAAACAAUGUUCAGUUUGUAA